AUGAAAUGCAUGGAUAAAGUCAUCGGCUGUGAGACAUCUCAGAAGAAUAUCCACCAUGGGAAAAACCUGCAAAGCCUUUGUGCUCCUCGUCCAAAUAUUACAUUGUUUGGCUUUAGAUGAAUCACCAUUUCAACUAACUAACAAGGACACUGGUUUUUGUUUGGUUAAAACAAAUAACCACUGCAGUGACUUGCGCUGGACAACUGGUAACAGACUUCUGGUUCAACAAAGGAAGAAGUGCCUAGGAGUCCAGGGGAAAAGUGUGGGAAGUGACAUAAGCCUUUACGAUUGUGAUGAAAACAGCGACCUCCAAAAAUGGGAAUGCAAGAAUGGAACAGUGCUUGCCUUAAAAGACCAAGAGCUUUACAUUGAGCUCACUCAUGAUGGCACAGCAGCUCUCUCCAAAACAAUACGGCCCAAUAACCACCUCACAAUUUCAGGGACACCCAACGGUGCUUGUACAAGAACAUACAGAGAAUACUACACCAUUGGUGGAAAUGCAGCUGGUCUGCCGUGCAUGUUUCCCUUCCUGUACAAAGACCAGUGGUACUCAGAUUGCACUACAAUUGACUCUCGAGGAAACCAUCUUUGGUGUGCGGUUGAAACCAAAUAUCAGAGUGAACGCUGGGGCCACUGCCCAGUCACAUCAAAAGAUGGGUGGAUUGCACACCCAACAACAGGAGCGUAUUACCAGCUGAACACACAAGCAGCUCUAACUUGGGCCCAGUCUGAAGCCAGCUGCAAACAGCAGAAUGCCUCCCUGCUCAGUAUCACUGAUCCUCAUGAGCAGGCUUACAUCACAGUAAUACUAGGUACAGCGAGCACUAAGCUUUGGACUGGGCUGAUCCUGGAUCCAGAGCAUGGCUGGAAAUGGUCUAAUGGGAAGCCUUAUCGCUAUCUGAAAUGGGACUCAGGACAUCCACUACCAAAUCCAGGACACAACUGUGCAUUUACUGAUCCUGCUUUUCAGUACUCUUGGCAAAGUUCACUUUGCAGCAAGAAACUUGGGUACAUCUGCUACAGUAAAGAGUCCGAGGUACUGCCUACACAAGCUGUUGAGACAGGAUUUUGUUCAAGACCUUGGAUUCCCUACAAUGGCCACUGCUUCCACCUUAAUCGUACACAGAAAACGUGGUCUGAUGCUCAACAAGAGUGUCGCAAUGAAGGAGGGGACCUCGUCAGCAUCCACAAUGUGGAGGAACAAAGUUUUGUCGUCUCUCAACUUGGAUACACAGCAUCCACAGAUGAGCUCUGGAUUGGACUUAAUGACAGGAAGACAGAGGGCCUGUUUGAGUGGAUUGACCACUCUACUGUCAGCUUCACGAGCUGGGAAUUUGGAAAACCUGCUGUCUUCACUGAUGUAAAGGACUGUGUUCUCAUUAAGGGAGAGAAUGGAAACUGGGCUGACCAUAUAUGUGAGGAGAAACAUGGCUACAUUUGUAUGAAGAUGAGCGCCUCAAACCCCACAGGAGAUGAAGUGGAGCAGAGUGUGGGCUGCAAAACUGGGUGGAGAAGAUAUGGCUCAUACUGCUACUUUACAGGGACACAGACCAAAACUUUCCAUGAAGCCAAAGAUGACUGCAAAAGUUCAGAGUCAUACUUAGCUGAUGUUUCAAAUGGGUUGGAUAAUGCUUUCCUCAUCAGUUUGGUGGGGAUGAGAACAGAGAAAUACUUCUGGCUGGGCCUCUCCAACCAGAAAAACUUUAAGAAUUUUGUGUGGACCAACACAGACUCAGUAAGGUUUACUCACUGGAAUGCUGAAAUGCCAGGUAACAAACAAGGCUGUGUUGCAAUGACAACUGGCAUUUUUGCUGGCCUGUGGAAUGUGCUUCCCUGCACCAAUAAGGAGAAAUACAUUUGCAAACACCUGGCAGAGGGGGCAGUUUUAACCCCUGCACCACCCACUGUUACCCCUGCUGAGUGUGCGACCAGCUGGACUCAAAUUGGAUUGAGAAAAUAUUGCUAUAAGGUGUUUUCUUCAUCUUCAACUUCAAACUCAGACGGAAGGACCUGGUAUGAGGCCAGAGAUUACUGCAGGACCAUCGGAGGAGACCUGCUCAGCAUCCACAGUAAUAAUGAGCUACGACAGUUUCCAGAUCGCUAUAGCACAGUCUGGAUUGGACUCAGUGCCCCUGACCCAGUCACUGGUUAUGUAUGGAGUGACGGAUCCCCGCUGCAGUUCCAACAUUGGGUCGAAGGACAGCCAGAUAAUUAUAACAAUGUGGAAUCUUGUGCUGUUUUCAAAAUGCACAGAAAGGAUCAAAGUGGGUCUUGGGAAGAUUUGCACUGUGAGAAGUACAAAGACUGGAUGUGCCAGAUCCGUAUGGGAGUGACUCCAAAACUGCCCCCAGGCCCCAUUGCUCCUGACUACAACACGACCUCAGAUGGGUGGCUAGAAUGGAAGGGGUCUCAAUAUUAUUUUAACAAUGAGGAGAUGGCUAUGGAAGACGCUCGGCGCUUCUGCCAACAGAGACACGGUGACUUGGUAACUAUCAACAGCGAAGCUGAAAGUGUCUUCCUAUGGAAACGGGUGUCCGAAGUCUGGGACAGUUCUUACUGGAUAGGCCUAAAUGUAGAUCUUGAUAGAACAUAUGGGUGGAUGGACGGUUCUCCAGUCGUGUUUCAAAGGUGGGAUAAAGACCAACCUGUUUUCCUACGCAAUGAUGAGAACUGUGCUGUCAUGACUUCAACUUUAGGCUUCUGGCAUGACCGUAAUUGUGGGAAUGAGCAAAAGUCCAUUUGUAAACGCAGUGGCUCACCAACUGCUAACUCCACUGUAUCACCAACAGUUCCUCCUCUAAAAGGUGGCUGUCCACAAAAUUGGAAAAAAUUUGACUCAAAGUGUUACAGUAUCAUUAAUAGCCAGAAGGACACAUGGUUUGGAGCGAGGACACAAUGCAAAUCAAUGGGAGGAAAUCUGGCCUCAAUUCUCUCAAGAAAUACGCAAGUGUUUUUGACUACAAAAUUAACUGAGGCACCUACCACAGACCUGUGGAUUGGUCUGUACAAUGUGGAGGGCAAUCCAUUUCUCUGGACUGAUGGGCGACCAAUUCCAUACACAAACUGGGUGAAGGACAAGCCUCGUCGUUUCCAAAACAGGUAUUAUGAGGAUUAUGACUAUUACUAUCAUCGGCCAAGACAUAAUGAGAAACGAUGUGUCGUGAUGACAACGGAUCCAGAUGUUGGUAUAGGAAAAUGGAGAAAAACGUCAUGCAGUGACACAAAUGGAUAUGUCUGCCUUCGAAAUGUUGAUCCAUCUCUCCCAGACUCCCCUGAACCAACAAUUGCUGACUAUGUCAAAAUAUUUAAUGACUCUAUCAAGUUUAUUACUCCACAAAUGAGCUGGGAUGCCGCCAAAAAGCACUGUGAAGGUGAUGGUGCCAAACUAGCUAGCCUGCGAAGUGAGUGGUCACAGUUUUAUGUUGAGCUGGUGGCUCUGAAUCACAAAGCUCCUCUAUGGCUUGGACUAAACAAAAAAGAGACUGGCGGAUAUUUCACAUAUAUUGAUGGCUGGCGGAUCAACUUUACCAACUGGGGUGAUGGCGAACCAAGCAUGAACAGACCGUGUGUGUUCAUGAAUGUGGCUGGAGAGUGGGAGACUGCUGAAUGUGAUCAGACCAUGAGCAGUGUUUGCAUGAAGUCCACAGAUUUGCCACCAACAGAGUCAAGUGAUUUCCCAGGAUUUUGCCCUGAUGACGCAGAAACACGCAAACACUUGCGUCAGAGUGAUGGCUGGCUAUCAUUUAGGGGUUACUGUUACCUCUUUCUCACAAUAAAAACUGAUUGGUCACGUGCAUCUUCUAACUGUGCAAAGCAUAGUGGAAGGCUUGCAAGCAUUGAAGAUCCUUCAGAGCAAGAAUUCAUUCAAAGCAAUAUUGACAUGUUUAAGGACAGCCACUCCUCUUUCUGGAUCGGCUUAUAUAAAACUCACAAAGGCAAGUGGCAGUGGUUGGACAAAAGUCCCCUGGACUACACUAACUGGCGUGAAGGUCAAGCUGGUACCAAAGGUUUUGGAUUGAUUGAAGUUGGAGAUGGGAAAUGGCAUUCAAGUGACUCGUGGUUCAGCAGAGGAUAUAUAUGCAAAACUCCCAAAGUAUUAGGACAAGUGCAAAAGACAACUGUAAAACCUACAGUGGAUCCUCAAACCCAUGGCCACAUGAUUUUGGCAGUUGUCCUGGUCAUUACUGCAAUUGCCAUUGGGGUGGUCAUCACUUUGUUUCUCUUCAAGAAGUCUGGCCGACGCCUACCUAUGUCUCAAAAGUUACCAACCUUCGACAACCCACUCUUUUUUAACAAUGAGCAGUCUCAAACUGGUCUUGUUGACACCAAUAAACUGGUUGCAUAUGCAGAGGAAGAGAACUCUACAACUACUUAAACUGUGUAACACCAGCAGGGUCUCCUUGGGCAUAUAAUGUAAAACUGAUCUUUGACAAAGGGUUGAUGGCAUUCUGAUAGGGGUCUGGUUUUUUCUCUUAAAAUUACAUGUUUCAGUGCAGUUGGCAGCUUUUUCUGUACGCUUACAUUAGCUUUUAAAUGGUGGUAGGUGUUGGCAGAUUGAGUUUUAAUUGGGUUACCCACCGCAAAGCCAUAGACCUUUAUUUGUACUCAUUUGUAUCAUUGUAUAUAUAAUGACAACCGAAUUUGAGAAUGCAAGUUGGUGUGAUGGCCAUCACAGAGCAUUUGAAUCAUAUGAAAAGUCUAGAAUUUGAAAUCAUGUGUAAUCAUACAUUUUAUAAGAGAAGAAUUUACCGAUCAAUUAAAUAUAUUAACCUUGAUGGGUGGACAGAGAAUUUGUUGAUUGAGUUCAUUGAUUCAUACCAGGUUUUACUUUAAACUCUGAUGCUUGUUAGGAUUGUGAAAUGUUAACUAGACUCUAAACUAGGUGAAAAUAUAAGACAUUUCUACUGGACCAUUGUAUUCAUGAGUAAAUAAAGACAGUAUAUCA